CCAAAAACUCUGGUAAAAUCUACAGCAAUGGCAGCAGCUGCCACCGUCGCCUCCUCGCUUCCUCCGAUUCCCGGUACUCGUUCCCGCAACUCGUCCUUCUUCUCGCCAACUUCCGUCGCAACCACCAGUAGCACCUGCUCCAGUUGCCGGAAAGUCGGGCUACGAAUGCCCUGCAGUGCGAUGGUACAGCAAGCCGUACAGGGAGCUCCCGCUGCUUACGCCAAGGAGAUGGAACGGCUUUCCGCCAAGGAAUCGCUGCUUCUUGCUUUCAAAGAUGCUGGGGGUUUUGAAGCUCUGGUCACAGGGAAGUUGACGGAAGUGCAGCAGAUUGAUGUGAAUGAAAGGAUUACUGGUCUUGAGCGUCUCAAUCCAACACCUCGGCCAACUACAUCGCCUUACUUGGAAGGUCGGUGGAAUUUCGAGUGGUUUGGAGCUGGAAGCCCCGGAUUGUUUGCUGCCAGACUCUUGUUUCAGUAAGCCUCUUUUGAUCUUUACUGUUGCAUCCCUUCACUGUUGUUAUGAAUGCCGCAUCUGGGAAUUUCGCAGGAGAUUUCCUUCUGAUUUGGCUAACUUUUCAAACAUGGAUGUUGUGAUUAAGGAGGGGAAGGCAAGGGCCACUGCGAAUAUGAAGCUGUUGUAUUCGAUAGAAAGCACGGUCACUCUCUCUUCACAGUUAACUGUCGAAGGUCCACUUAGAAUGAAAGAGGAGUAUAUUGAAGGGAUUCUCGAGACACCUAAAGUCAUCGAAGAAGCAGUACCAGAACAGCUAAAAGGAGUGCUUGGCCAGGCUAUCAGCACAGUGCAACAACUCCCUGUCCCCAUUAGGGAUCUUAUCGCCGGUGGCCUGAGAAUUCCUCUAACUGGUACAUUUCAGAGACUCUUCUUGAUUUCAUAUCUCGACGAGGAGAUACUGAUAAUGAGGGAUGCAGCUGGAGUACCUGAAGUUCUUACCAGGCUGGAAGCACCUGCACUCGCUAUUCCAGAAGUCGUCUCAGAAUAUGAAAGCUAGUCUGUGAUGAACUGAAACUCACUUCCCCACUCUCGAAACUAGUCUGAUUUUUCUUAAUUCGUUCUUCUUGUCUGUAAUUAGUGAAACUACGUGUUCCACGAUCUCGUUCUCUCGACCCCAGUGGGAGGUUAGAAUCAAAAUAAUCAUAGCAAUUUAUUGGAAUUGAACUCGAGUCUUUGAAAUAAGGGUUGAUAGCUUACUACUCUAUAACCUUUUAAUCUUUGAUUACCACCAUAUUGUCCACAUUUUAUAAUCUAAAAUUAAAUAUUGAGAGGUCUACAAUCAA